AUGGCAAGCACUAUUGAGCAGGAUGAAACACGGGAUAAAAUUGCACAGCAACUUUCACCCACUCCCUUUGCAUGCUCUUCACUCACGCGUCUGUCUGGAGGCACAGCCAACUUCGUCUAUCGUGGCGUACUUGCCUCAACUGGACAAUCUAUCAUUAUCAAGCAUACUAAAGAUCACUCGGCCUCUAACUCAGGUUUUAAAAUCGAUGUCACGAGAUGCCACUUCGAGGUAGCUAUUCUUCGGGCUCUCGAUGGCCUGGCAAUGUAUAAAAAUGGCAGCAUAACCGCCAAGACACCACGCUUAUUGCAUUUCAAUCGGGAAACAGACACCCAGGUAUCCGAGGAUCUUCCAAAUUCAGUCGACCUAAAGACCUUCCUGCUCUCACAGGUCUCCCGUGACUUGUCCGAAUCCUCAGGGCGAGCCUUGGGUAGCGCCCUUGGAUCCUGGCUGAGAUCAUUUCACCAUUGGACAGCCGAGGAACAGCAAGUGGAAUCUACAAAACUUCUUGGCGAGAACAAAGCCAUGAAAGAAUUGAAGUUCUGGGCGAACUAUACUAUGCUCAUGAACACUAUUGAAAACUUUCCCGAUAUUCUAGAGAAGGAUCGUGAUAUUUUUGAGGAGGUUCGCGACCUCGCUGCAGCAGAGCUCGAACGUCAGAACUAUGAUGAAGGAUAUGGGGUUAUUCACGGUGACUUCUGGACUGGAAAUGUACUGAUUCCAAAUGUUCCUCUCACCCGCCAGUGUGAGACGGCUAUGUUCAUUGUCGAUUGGGAAUUGGCACAGAUUGGAAGCCGCGCACUAGACUUGGGCCAAAUGAUUGCUGAGCUGUAUGAAACAAAGCUGUUCAAGAAUCUGGACGGUGGAGUGUGGAUUAUCCAAGGGUUCUUGGAGGGAUAUGGGGCCCUCAACGAUGAAAUGGCAUUCCGCACUGCCAUCCACGUUGGUGUGCACCUGAUUUGCUGGGGAAGUAGAGUCCCUGGGUGGGGCACUGAAAAGCAAAUCGAGGAGGUGGUGAGGUUGGGAAGAGAUCUGAUCGUCCACGCCUGGGAAAAAGACAAGGACUGGUUCGUGGAAGGCACUCUUAGCUGCCUGUUCAAGGGUUAA